ACAUUUGUCAUUUGUUGUUUAUCGCCUAACUGUCAACAGUGUCAAUCCGUGAGUUGUGACGUCAUCAGAAUCUUCAAUGACGUGUGCGAAAAGAUAUUUUAAAUUCAAUAUUUACAAAAAUAUGGUCAUUACAGGUCCCCUAAAAGUAGUUUAACAUGUUCUUAUAAUCCAAAAGAAUUUAUUCGGAUACAAUUCUGCCCUAAGAUUUGUAGAUGGAAACAACCCCAUUCAAAGUUUCUACAAUGUCUACCAUAUUCAAAUAAAUAUUUUGUUUGUCGAGCACAUUGUUCAUUUAAUCAGUUAAUAAUAUUGACAUCAUAAUUACUUAAAUCAUAUGAGAAUCGCACUCUGAAUAUAGCACCAUGUUAUGUUUAUAAAAUUGGCAACAUGUGCGAGUGAGACACUGCACCCCACCUUUGCUAUCUCAAGUGGACCGUUUGCUCUAGUCUGGUAAGUCUAGCUCAGUGAUAAGGUUUAAUUUAGUAUGACAAAAGUCAGAGCGUACUCCACGUUAUAUCUCCAAUUCUCCAUGGAUACAUGAGAUACGUCACACAUACACGUGUAUGAUGUGUACACUACACACUACAUUACAUGUUUACACUACACUUUAUUUCAUUUUGCACUUGCUUUGCUUUGCUAUGAAGCUAAACAGACAAUAAUAAACGUACGUCACAGUAACGAUUAAUGUACUUUUAACAAUAAUUACUAUCAUACCAAAUGUUCUCUUGCCACGUACCUAAGCGUAACAUAAGUUACAAUAAAAGAAUCGGCGAAGUCAAAUAGUUUGUUGAGCUAUGGCAGCUUCUGAAGAUUCAUUUAAAGAAAAGCUCACAAACUCUCUAACACAGCAAUUAAGUGAAUAUGAACUACUGAAAUCCAUGUAUCCAAACAACGAUGAUAUAAUUUUAACUGAUACUAAUAUACUUGUUAACAUAGCUAAUUUUGUGGAGAAUGAAUCUGAAACAGAAUAUACUCCAGGUCAUUUGGAUUUUAUUUUAAACCUUAAUGUAGAUGGUUCAAAAUUAGAAGUCAGUGUUAAUUUACCCAGCUUCUAUCCCAGUGAAGAACCAGACCUCUAUGUAAGGUGUAAUCAAUUGAAUCGCUACCAGGAGACUAGCCUGAAUGCAGAAUUGUCCAACUUUCUUAAGGAAAAUUUUGUUGGAGAAGUUUGCAUAUAUUCUGCAGUGUCAUGGUUGCAAGACAACUUAAUAAAAUUUACUGAACAACUCAUCAACAAAGUCAGUGAAGAUAUUGUUCCAGAAUCAAAAUGUACAGAUGAUGAUAAAUUUGUCAGAUUGUGGAUUUAUUCCCACCAUAUAUACAACAAAAGGAAAAGAGAUGAAAUGGAAUCAAUAGCAAAAGAUUUAAACUUGACAGGGUUUUGCCUGCCUGGGAAGCCUGGUAUUAUUUGUGUUGAAGGCGCAGGCACUGACUGUAAGGAGUGGUGGUCAAUUAUUAAAAGUAUGUCAUGGAAAAAAAUUGUUAUAAAAAUGACUGAAACUUUUGAAUAUAGUGAAAAAGAAAAAGAACAAAAAUUUCACAAGUUUCAAGAAAUCCAUUUUCCAAAUUCAUCAGUUCGCUCUAAGCAUGCGGAUAUGAGUGGACUUUCUAAGUAUAUGGAUGAGCAUGGACUGACAGAAAUAUUUAAAAGUAUGUUUGGGAUAAGUGAAAUUUAAGAAGUGAAAUAAUAAAACCCAAUGUGACUAACCAAGUCAUACAUCAUACAUCAGAUUCGAGGUGGCAAUUGUUUUUGACAGUUAGGGAGUUAAUAUUGACAAAUUUUACUAUUAAUAACUUUCCCUAAUACUAGUGAUCACCUCCAGCUUUGUUUGUGGCUGUAUAUUAUUUUGGGGCUGAUGUUAAGGUUUAAACAAAGCAUAUUUUUUAUAUGUUCGCUAGCUAGCUUAGAAUAAAAUGAUGAGUGAAUAUUCAAAAAUGCCUUAAACUAAAGAUAUUCACUGCCAAUAUUUUCACCACUACACUUACCCGAUCCCAGCAUUUUCUCGCUUUGUAGAGGUAAGUGACAACAAACAGAGAACCCGCCAAGCGGGUUCCCCGCACUCAAUGUGUUAAAACAAAGCAGAAGAGAAUUCAGUUCUUAUUUUGUUUCAUGAUAAUACUUUUAAUAAAAUUAUAAGCAUAGAUAA